CGGAAGUGAGGAGACAGCUCACGCGCCGGGAUAAUAAAGCAUAUUCAUCUCAAAUUGGAUAUAUUUUAACUUAAAUGCAACGAUAUUUAAGUCAUUGUAGGUGCAGUUUUGAAUGGAACAUCAAAAGGUUGUGUUAUACACAUUUACACAAUUUAUUCUGUUAUGUUUCAUCGCGUUAAAUGCAGAGCAGCUGUCAGACGACGGAGGCGGCUGGUCAUCAAUUUCAGAUUUCAGAUUAAAUGAUGAAGGUCCUUGUAGCAUCGACGUGUUGGACAGCUCUCUACUCUCAUAUCAAGAGUUCAUUGAGAGAUAUGCCUACAGCAGACCAGUGAUCCUGAGAGGCCUGACAGAUAACACAAAAUUCAGGUCAUUGUGCUCCAAGUCAAGCUUACUAGAAGAAUAUGGCAAGAAGAGAGUGCGGCUCAGCACAGCUAACACUUAUUCUUAUAAGAAAGUGGAUGUCCCAUUUCAGGAAUAUGUGGACAUGUUUUUAAGACCUCAGUCUGUGGACACUCUUGGGAGCGACACGCUUUAUUUUUUUGGAGACAACAACUUCACUGAGUGGACAAGUUUGUUUGAGCACUACAAGUCUCCACCGUAUGUUCUACCUCACACCAGCGGAGCGUACAGCUUCGGGAUCGCAGGUCCAGGAACAGGGGUCCCCUUUCACUGGCACGGCCCCGGUUACUCUGAGGUCAUCUAUGGAAGAAAGCGCUGGUUCCUCUACCCACCAGACCAGGAGCCUCAUUUCCAUCCAAACCGGACCACCCUGUCUUGGUUGAUGGAAACGUACCCCCACCUGCCUGAGGAGGAGGCUCCACUGGAGUGCACUAUUAGACCUGGAGAGGUGUUGUAUUUUCCCGACCGCUGGUGGCAUGCAACUCUCAACUUGGACACCAGCGUCUUCAUCUCCACCUUCCUCGGUUGAGCUUCAUCGUUAGCUCUUCAUUGUUAUUUUUCAUUCCUUGUAAUGUUAAAAAUCUUUUAAAUUAUAUUUUUCUUUCAGUCUAACACAGAUGCUAACUGUAAAUAAGAGUUGGAUAUAGCGCCCAAAGAAGAAGAGCCCAAGAAUACUUUCUUGGGCUUCAAUUAACGCUGAUUUAUGAAAUUUGGGUCCAAAAUCACCUACUGUUUCACCAGCUAUGAAACUAAUAAAUUGUACACUUUUAAAUUGA